CCCCCACCACCGAUUGGAGGAGGUUGUCUUACCAGGGGCUACCACUUGCUGGGGAAGGCCUCCAGCCCCUGGACUAUUUUAGGCACAGCUGUUUCCAUUCAUAAGCCUAGGAAGUACAAGGAGAGAAAACCUAUCCUGCCUACUCCAUGUGACUCUCAUCUCCCCCUGGGGAGGGGGAUCGUGUAGGGCGGGUCUGGAGAGCUGGGAUACAUCAUUCUGGCCUCUGCACCCCUCCCUUUCUCUGUUUGUUGGGAGGCACAAAACAGGAAAUGACUGCCAUGGAUGUGGUAUGAUUUGUACCGACACAGCGUUUUGCGGCCCAGGCCCCAUGCUGUCCACAGCUGUUUUCCUCUCUGAUACCAGCCAGGUGCUCCCUCCCUUCUGCUCCCCUCCUCAUCCCUUCACAUGACUUCAGCCUUUGGAUUCUCAGUUCCUGGCUGCUUUCCACAUUCCACUCCCGUUUCAGAACCCAGGCAUCCCGGCCUCCAGCCGAAACCGCUGCAUGUGGCUUCCCCCAUCCCUGGCCCCGUGACUCAGGCCCUCUGAAGGGAGCAGCCCUGUUCUUGGCAUUCACGGGGGAAGGGGGGGCUAGGUGGUGACAUCACGGUUGAAGGGUAUAAAAGCUUCGAGCCAAAACAGAAUUGAAAUCCAAGACACCGACGAAACCUGACUGCGCAGCCUGUGCUCCUGGGGACCCCUUGGCCUGAUACCCACCGACGUCUGGUCACAGAUUCCCGCUGCAUCAAGGCCUACCCACUGACUCCAUGCUGGGCUCUCCCGGCCUUCUGUGGCUCCUGGCUGUCAGCUUCUCCUUGGUUCCCAGAGCGCAGCCCUUCACCCCUCAAGUCUCUGAGGAAGAGGAGGAAGAUGAGACACUGUGGCCAUCUUUGCCGGCUGUCCCCUGUGACUACGACCGCUGCCGUCACCUGCAGGUGCCCUGCCAGGAGCUGCAGAGGGCCAGCCCAACGGCCUGCCUGUGCCCCGGCCUCUCCAGCCUGGCCCAGCCGCCCGACCCGCCACGCCUGGGCGAAGUGCGCGUGGUGGCCGAGGCCGGCCUCGCGGUGGUGCACUGGUGUGCUCCCUCUUCCCCGGUCCACCAGUACUGGCUGCUGCUUUGGGAAGGCAGCGGGGCACCCCAGAAGGGUCCCCCCCUCAACUCGACCGUCCGCAGGGCAGAACUGAAGGGACUGAAGCCUGGGGGCGCUUAUGUCGUUUGCGUGGUGGCCGCUAACGGGGCAGGAGAGAGCAGCGUGCCCAAGGCGGGUGGUGAGGGCCUCGAGGGCCCUGCCUUUGGGCCCUGCGGCCGCCUGGCCGUGCCCCCCAGCCCCCAGACACUGGUCCACGCAGCCGUGGGCGUGGGCACGGCGCUGGCCCUGCUCAGCUGCGCCGCCCUGGUCUGGCACUUCUGCCUGCGCCAGCGCUGGGGCUGUCCCCGCCGCACGGCCACCCGACCCGCCGCGGGGCUCUGAGCAGCCUCGGAGCAUCUCCCGCCAAGCCCAGCCCCUGCCCGAGAGUUUAGCACAGGCUCCGGGGAGGAGGUGGCGGCCCAUUGCUGCCCUGCGCAGCCCGGACGGGAGCGAAGGCAGGUGCUGGGCCCGGGCUGAGUCUCAUGCUUGUUCAGGUCCAGACUUUCCGCUCUGCUCCUGGCUGAGGUUUAGGAAGGAGUAGAGAGGGUCAGCAGAUUUUUUUCUUAAGAGACCAGAUAGUAACUUAGGAUACCAGAUGAUAGUAACUUAAGAGACCAAAUAGUAACUUAGAUAGUAAUUUGGGCUUUGUGUUCCAGAGGAUGAAAUCAAAGAUAUUAUGAAGGUACUUAUAUAACCAUGUAACCAUUUAAAAAUGCAAAAACCAUUCUUAGCUCAUGGGCCUUACAAAUCAGGCCUGGGGGGGGUUGGCUGUAGUUAGCUGACCCCUGUCAUACAUACUCAAAAGGGCUCUGCCACUAUGGGCAACUUCAGAGGGAUUUGCAGAAUAUGCUGCUGUAUGAUGGGAGUUUGGAGCUGUAAACUGCUCCUUCUCCUUCUGCCUUUUGUUCAGAUAUUGAGGAUGGGCACACGUGAGUCAGAGGCCACCUGUGUUUGAGGCACGUGGAAAUAAAUGUCUGAAGGGUGGAGAAAAGAGGGAUUGCCCUAGCUGCUGUCUGGGAGAAGCUUGCAUUGUUGCUAGUAAAACAAGAAUAAUAAUACAGUAAUACUGAGGGAUUCUCCUCCACUCUCCCCUAGUUUGUGUUUAUUAUAUAUCCACUGUCACACUAAAGGAAAUACAAAAGGAAGGCAUUUUCAUUUUUCACGAUCCUUUUCAAUUUCCUGUCCACACACCUAUUUUUUAAACAGUUUUACUGAGAUAUAAUUCACAUACAAUGAAUUUACCCAUUUAUGUAUACAAUUCAAUGUUUUUUAGUAAGAAUUGUGCAACCAUCACCACAAUCAAUUUUAGAAUGUUUUCAUCAGCCCAAAAAGAAACCUCAUACGCAUUAGUAGUUACUCCCCAUUUCCACCCAAGCUUCCCCACUUGGGGAAGUAGUCAUCCAUGAAUCUACUUUCCGUCUUAAUAAAUUUGCCUAUCCUGGACAUUUAAUGUAAAUAGAACCACACAAUAUGUGGCCUUUUGUGUCUGGCUGUUUUCAUUUAACAGAAUGUUUUCAAGUUUCAUCUAUGUUGUAGUAUGUAUCCGUGUGUCAUUUCUGUUUACGGCCAAAUAGUCAAUUAUAUGAAUACACCACAUUUUGUUUAUCCAUUCAUCGGUUGGUGGACAUUUCAGUUGUUUCCACUUUUUUAGCUAUUAAAAUAAUACUGCUAUGACAUUUACAUACAAAUUUUUGUGUGGACAUAUGUUUUCAUUUCUCUCCGGUAGGUAUGUGCCUAGGAGUGGAAUUGCUGGGUCAUAUGGUAACUCUAUGUUUAACAUUUCAAGGAAGUGUUUUCCAAAGUGGCUCCACUAUUUUACAGCCCCACCAGCAAUGUAUGAGGGUUCCGAUUUCUCCACAGCUUCACCAAAAUUUGUUAUUGUCUCUCUUUUUUAUUUUAGCCAUCCUAAUGGGUGUGAAUUGGUAUCUCCUUGUAGUUUUGAUUUGCAUUUCCCUCAUGACUGAUGAGCAUCUUUUCAUCUGCUUAUUGGCCCUUUGUAUAUCUUCUUUGGAUAAAUUUCUCUUCAA